CAAACGAAAACAGUCGCGUUUUGUCCUUGUUGUAAGAUAAGUGUUGAGUUUAAAAGUGAGAAAACAUGCGCAGAGUUGAGCUUCUGUUUGCUCUCGUCGCUCUCAUCCGUCCCGCUGCUGAGGCGCUGGACAAUGGACUGGCGCUGAAACCCACAAUGGGCUGGUUGCACUGGGAGAGGUUCAUGUGCAAUGUCGACUGUGACACGGAACCCAAUAACUGCAUCAGUGAGCGCCUGUACAUGCAGAUGGCAGAUGUGAUGGUGAAGGAGGGCUGGAAAGAGGCCGGCUACGAGUACGUCUGCAUUGAUGACUGCUGGCCCUCCUACCAACGUGAUGCCCAGGGCCGCCUGCAGGCGGACCCCAAAAGAUUCCCGGGGGGCAUCAAGAAACUGGCCGACUAUGUCCAUUCUAAGGGGUUGAAGCUGGGGAUCUACGCAGAUGUAGGGAAAAAUACCUGUGCUGGGUACCCCGGCAGUCUGGGGUACUAUGAGACAGAUGCUCAGACUUUUGCUGACUGGGGUGUGGAUCUGCUCAAGUUUGAUGGCUGCAAUAUGGACUGGACCUUGCUGGGAGAAGGCUACAUCAACAUGUCAAAAGCACUGAACAACACUGGAAGAAGUAUCCUGUACUCCUGUGAGUGGCCUUUGUAUGAGUGGCCUUUCCAACAGCCCAACUACGCAGCCAUUCGUGAGACAUGUAACCACUGGCGCAACUUCGAUGACGUGUACGACUCAUGGAGCUCUGUCAAGUCCAUCCUAGACUGGACUGCUUCUCAUCAAGACAUCAUUGUCCCCUCAGCUGGACCUGGGGGCUGGAAUGACCCCGAUAUGCUCGUGAUUGGGAACUUUGGCUUAAGUCAUGACCAGCAGGAGUCUCAGAUGGCGUUGUGGGCCAUCAUGGCAGCCCCUCUGCUCAUGUCUAAUGAUCUGAGGGACAUUUGUCCUCGCUCCAAGGAGCUGCUGCAGAACAGACACAUCAUAGCCAUCAGCCAGGACUCACUGGGCAAGCAAGGAUACCUCAUUGCCAAGGUGGACAGUUUUGAGGUGUGGGAGAGGCCUCUGUCCAACAACAGGCUGGCUAUCGCUGUGCUGAACAAACAGGAGAUCGGUGGUCCCCGAGGGCUUAACAUCAGCAUGGCUGCUGGCAGGAAAAUCUGUGACCCCCAGUGUAGCGUCACACAGAUCCUGCCCCAGUAUAAGGAAAUGGGUGUUCAGACUCCACAAAGCAAAAUUGUUGUAUCUGUCAACCCUUCAGGCACAGCUCUGCUGACUGUCACUCCUAUGAGCAGCCACUUGAAGGAGGGUGACAAACUGCACUGGAAGGACAUGUCUGUCAAACACAAGGACACCAUCGUUUUGUAGUCCUCCUGUGGUUAUGCACUUUAAAGGAUUUUUACUGUUUUAAGUGGAAUUAUUUUUAAUUUCAAGCAUUUGUGCUUGAGUGAAAGACAAAUUCAAAACAGGGAAAUGUUUUAGUCUGCAAAGUUUGCUUGAAUCAGAUUGGAUACUAUGAUGAUUACAGUACACCUGCUACUCCUAUGUUCAAUCAAAUCACUGGAAAAUGUUUUAGCACAAUGCUUUGAGUUGUCCAGGCUGCUAACAGGUUAAAUUAAUGUGACAGAUGCACAUCUGACAAGUACGAUGACACUGAGGUGAAAGAAGGGCCAAACUCCAGAGUAUGUUUUAAUAACAUUUAUUGAAAAUAGUGACAACUUCCUCCAGAAAACUGGGCCACAGCUUAGAACUGGAUGACCUGGCCCUGUAAGAGAACAAUGGAAGAAAAGCAGAGUUAAACACUGAUGUGUCAACGAUGCAUGUUUCACUCUAAAUGCUGCUGGAAAUUCUGAACUUUUGUACUGUAUUCAAAUGAAGAUUGUUUUCUUCACAUUUGUUGGCUUAACCCUAAAUCAAAAGCAAAGUAAGUGUUAUCAUAUUAUCAUACUGAUUUUUACAUUUUAGGUGAUUUUCACACUGUACUGUGAGUUAAGAAUUAAUGUUGAAAACCCAUUACACAAAUAUGCUGCUACACAAGUUGUCCAUUCAUCCUAUUAUAUACAAAAAAAUUAGUCAAAGAGCUGGAUUAAAAAAAAAAAAGAGCUGGAUUCAUCUUAUUGUGAAAUUACAUUUAUGAAAUUAGAAAUUCAAAAAAUUUCUUCAGUCCUCUGUAGGUUGUCUGAGUUCAUGAGAUAUGAAUGGCUUAGCGACGGCUCUUGGUUUUGCAUUUUAGUAUGAAGGUCCAACAGAAAUCACAUCAAAUUAAGACCAAAUUUUCCAUGAAAUUCUGUUCUCACGUGAUCCCUUCCCCACCAUUAAUUCAUGAGCAUUUAUGGUCAACAGUGGGAUUAAAAGCUAUAAACUACUUAAACUAAAUUUUAUUAAUGCAGAGUUAAGAGACAAAUGCACCAUCAGGCCAGAAAGGGAGUCAAUCAGGGCAAUGUUCUUAACGUUUUCAGCAUUUGUACUAAUAUUACUGUGGUAUUAAGUCAAUGUGAAAAUGCCAUAUGACAACCUUACAAAGGUUGGGUACUUGGACCGAUAAAAUGAUCACAUCACUAUACAGGAGGUGACAUGACUCCACAUUAAUAUGCUUAACAAAGCAGCCCUUCAGAAUCCUAAAAUUACAGUGGAUUUCAUUGGUCAUGUUUUUCUGUUUCGAUGUAUUUUCAAAAUGCAUUUCACCCAAAAGAAAACCCUCAAAUCCUCUGCUAUUAACAGGAAAUUGUGCCCUGGUCAAAAUGUAAGUCAAGUACAACAUUCAACUGCGGUUUAAACUAUGCCUCAUUCUCAUGGACAUGUCUCUUCUCUGUAUCAACUGUCAGAGCUGGACACUUGUCACCCCUCACACUCAAACCUGCAUCCUCAUAAUUUGUUCCUGCCUCUUCAGCACUUUGUGUAUUUCAAUUCUUUUUGUGGAAAUGUUCAUUCUUAAGAUUUAAAAAAUUAAAUACAAUUAUA